GAUGCAGUCCUCGACGAACUUCGAAACGAGAAAGAUAUCGCGCGUAACAUCCGGCAGGUGAUGUUACAAUAAAAAUUGGAUCGAGCACGCUUCGAAACAUCGUGGCGACAUGGCUACGAGAUCGCAAUGGUUAUUGUUGACUUGGCUGGGAUUCUGCGCGGCAUGGAUGGACGAAAGGCCUGUGUUGGAGUCGCGGGACGGAAAUCUAUUCAUUUCCGCUGCCAAGGACAAGAACAUCACCCUGAAGAUCUUGGGGAAAGGCUACCUGAACGUGAACGAAAUUAAUUUACUUCACGUCGCGAAUUCCGCGGAAAGCGCGACACGUUUGAUUGAAAGAUGGAAAACCGGAUACCUGGCCGAAGUGGAAUCGAAUUUGCAACGAUUGAUGCAACUCGUGGAGGGUCCGGAAGGUUUGGAGAAAAAAAUAGCCGCGUUGAAGGGAUUCGGAGAAGGGAACAGCACGUUACAACCGGAUAUUUCGUCGACGAAUCAGUCUAAGUCAGGAACGAGCUUGAAGAUUCGGAUGAUGGUUCAUCGAGUACGGCGAAUAGAAGAAAAAGUAAAAUCGAUAGAAUCGAAAUUAAAAAUAAACGAGUGCAGCAGCAAUCCUUGUCAGAAUGGCGGCACGUGUCAGGAUCUUUACGAGGGAUAUCAGUGUCAUUGUCCGUCAAACUGGGAGGGUCCAAAUUGCGUGAUAGACGUAAACGAGUGUGUUCGACUGUUAGGAACAGAUCUUGGAUGCCAAAAUGGAGCUACCUGUCAUAAUCUUCCAGGAUCGUACAGGUGUGACUGUACAGCAGGAUGGUUCGGUCUCCAUUGCACAAAGAAAACUCCCAUUUGCAACACGCAAAAUUCCAACGAACUCUGCGGUCACGGUGUCUGCGUCAGCAAACCUGGUUCACCGCUCGGUUACACUUGCAUUUGCGACCAGGGUUGGCAGUCCGAAGGCGCUAAUCCAGCUUGCGUCAAAGACGUGGACGAAUGCGCCGGAAACCACAGGCCGUGUUCCGUGAAUCCUUGGGUUGCUUGCCGAAAUGCACCGGGAACGUUCUUCUGCGAUGCUUGCCCUCAAGGCUACUCCGGCAAUGGUUAUUACUGCACCGACAUCGACGAGUGUCUGGUGGACAACGGAGGUUGCAGCACCUUCCCCAGAGUUCAGUGCAUCAAUACCAUGGGUUCGAGAAUGUGCGGUCCCUGUCCAAAGGGGUACAGUGGCGACGGUGUCACCUGCGUCUACGUUGGUAGCUGCGCCAUCAACAACGGCGGCUGUCAUCCAUUUGCCACGUGCGUGGAGAAUCCGGCUCUCACGAGCGCCUACGUGAUCUGUCGUUGUCCAGCUGGCAUGGUGGGUGAUGGACUCGGUCCAAACGGUUGUCAACCAUCCACCGACCAUGUUAAUACACCUUGCGCUACUAAUCCGUGCGGGCACGGAGACUGUUUGAUCUUGGGAAGCACCCCUAGCUGCGUGUGCCACGCUGGCUACACCGGCACAACUAGCCAACGACUGCUGUCGUUCCCAAUCUCGUCGGGCGACACGUGCACCGUGAAGGAUCCAUGUACACCGAAUCCGUGCAAAAACAACGGUGUCUGUGUGAAGUCGAACGGCGCGGCGACCUGCGAUUGUCCGUCGUCGUACACCGGCAACAGAUGCGAAACACCCCGGCAAACCUGCGGCGGCGUGUCCCGUAAUACCGUGGGACACCUCGAGUUCCCGAUCGGCGGCAACGUUUAUCAGCAUGGACUGAGCUGCGCCUGGGUCCUAAUUACCAACAGCUCGCUCGUGUUGAACGUCACGUUCGACCGUUUCAAUCUCGAACAAUCGACCGACUGCAAAUACGACUUCUUACAGAUACACGACGGCAGAAAUGCCGGUAGUCAGAUGAUCGGCAGAUUUUGCGGCAACACUUCGCCACACGGGAACGGAAAUAUCGUGUCCUCGCACAACUCCCUGUAUUUCUGGUUCCACUCUGAUAACAGCAUAUCCCACGACGGGUUCGCGUUUCACUGGGACAGUAUCAAGCCGGUUUGCGGAGGCACUUUGACGAACGAUUACGGCACGAUCAGCUCGCCUGGAUCACCAGGAAGGUAUCCGCCGAACAGAGAUUGCUAUUGGCAGAUUACCGUUAGACCCUCGAAGAGGAUACAGAUCCAUUUCGGUCAAUUGAUGCUCGAAGAACAUCCAACAUGCGAGGCUGACUUCCUCGAGAUCACCACCAUACACAACGAACGACUGGGUCUUUACUGCAAUCACACUCAUCCACCGCCUCUGGUGGUGCCAGCUUCCGAAGCUAUAAUUUAUUUCCACUCUGACAGCGCCGGACAAGACGCUGGCUUCCAAAUCCACUAUUCUAUCAUCGAAGGUGUUCCGGGUUGCAACGACGUGUAUACCACUCCGACCGGUACCAUUAACAGCCCCGCGAUUACACUGUCUAACCAAGAGCUAGAAUGUGAAUGGAAAAUCCUAAUGCCCGUUGGCAAGCGGAUAGAGAUCACUUGGCCUAAGUUCGAGCUCACGUCUACCGACUGUCGAAUGCAACAGAUCGAGGUUUACGACGGAGAUACCAGCGAGUCAUUGUUGCUGCAACGACUAUGCGGUUCCAUGAUUCCCUCCAAAGUCAGAUCGAACACGAACGUGUUGCUCAUCGUCUUCAAGGCCAAAAUGUACGGCAGCUUCACGCUCUCGUACAGUACGACGUGCGGCCAGGUGUUCACCGGCGACUCAGGAAUUAUCAAGUCACCCAACUACCCGGCCUCGAUCGCUCUUUUCGAGAGUUGCGACUACGAGAUUAGGCAGCCGCCGGACAAAAGAAUCGUGUUGAACAUGCUCGACAUCAACAUCCCUAAGUCAUUUGGGAAACGAAACGAUUGUUACGGGUAUAAUUAUCUAGACCUGUACGACGGCACAAACGUGAACGCCACACGUCUUGCGCGUCUCUGCGGCACUUCCACCGAUGGCAUGAGCUACUAUUCCACGCACAAUGUCAUGUUGCUCAAGUAUCACAGGAUACUAGGACGUGGCUUCCGGGCGAACUACACGACUAUUCAGAGCAGGUGCGGUGGACUGUACACGGAGGUCAGCGGAACGAUUCAGACACCGACCGAUGAAGGAAAAUACCCGAACGACGAAACGUGCGUCUGGACGAUACUAGCCCCGAUAGGAUACAUCGUGCAGCUCAGCUGGCUGUCGUUCGAUCUGGAAAGGAACAUUCGCUGCCGGCACGACUAUGUCAAAGUGUACGAGAACUUCAUGUCGUACAACAGGGAGGAGAUCGGAACGUUCUGCGGUUUCAAGAAGCCGCCGGUAGUGAUGACGCAAGGGAACGAACUGACGUUGGUGUUCCAUUCCGACUCGUCGAUAACGCGCGAGGGAUUCACCGCGACGUACUUCUUCAUCGACGCCAGCAAAGUGUGCGGUGGUCAUUUUAUUAAGACGACAGGCGUCGUACAGUCGCCGAAUUAUCCGAGGAAAUAUCCGGGGAAACAGCAAUGCAGUUGGGUGAUCGAAGCGCCGCACAAGCAAAGGGUGAUCCUCAAUGUGACGGAUUUCCAUCUGGAAGCACAUAACACUUGCUUGUUUGACUAUCUAGAAAUCAGAAACGGUGGCUACGAAACUUCUCCAUUACUUGGACGAUUCUGCGGGACCGAUAUCCCCACGGAAAUUAUAAGUCAGACCAAUCAGGUAUACCUGAAAUUCGUGUCCGAUAUGACGAGAUCAUUCGCUGGAUUUCGCAUAGAGUGGGACAGCACGACGAUAGGCUGCGGUGGAACUUUGAACGCUGCCUAUGGCGACAUCAUAUCUCCAAAUUACCCGGAACCGUACCUACAUCAAGCGGAAUGUUACUGGAAAAUCGUGGUGGCGACCGGCAGUUUGGUACGAUUGCUAAUAGUCGAUCUGCAAUUGGAGCAGCACGACAAGUGCAGAUACGACUACAUCGAGAUAUCCGAGGGAAUCAAUCACCGGAACAGCCAGAGAUACUGCGGCAACCCUUAUCCAAAAAUCAUCGAGACGAAGUCUAACAUGAUGAACAUAGAGUUCCGCUCCGACUUUACAAAUUCUGGUCGCGGUUUCCAUCUCAAGUACGAAACACUAUGCGAGAACAAACUGCACGGUUUCUACGGGUCGAUAGAGUCGCCGAAUUUCCCGUACAAGUACGAGCACAAUCUCAACUGCAGCUGGACGAUCGACGUUCCCAUAGGUAACAGGGUCAACAUCACGUUCUCUCAUUUCGAUCUCGAAGGGCCGGUCAACGAGAACACCUGCUCCUACGACUAUUUGCAAGUGUCCGAGGGUUUCAGCGACACACCGUCCCACGAACUCGCGAAACUCUGCGAUUCCGACGUUCUCCCGGCCAAGAUUCAUUCGAAGGAGCAUCAAGUGUUCGUGAAGUUCGUUACUGACGCUUUGAUCUCUUUCAACGGCUUCCGACUGGAAUGGGUGGUCGACGGUUGCGGCGGACACCUGACAAGACCCUUCGACUCCUUCACCUCGCCCGGAUAUCCGUCCGCUUAUCCCACGGACGUAGUCUGCGAGUGGCUGAUCGAGGUCGACUACUCGCACAGCGUCGAGCUGACUCUUCACGAUAUAGACACCGAGACGAACAAAGACUGCAUGUUCGAUAAACUGCAAAUUUACAGCGGCGAGGAUGCGAACGCGCCGAAGUUAGUGGAAAUUUGUUAUUCGCCGAAACCUGUUGUAUACACCAGCUUCGGGAACAUGAUGUUCAUCAAGUUCCAGUCAGAUGUGGCGUAUGCAACGCGAGGAUUCAACGCCAGUUACAGAAGCGUACCCGUUACCUGCGGCGGCAGAUUCACCACCGACACGGGCGUCAUAUUCUCGAAAAAUUACCCGAAAAACUAUCCGAACAGACAGAAUUGCAAGUGGCUGAUACAAGUCGAUCCGAAUUACGUCGUCAAUAUCACGUUCUUGGACUUUGACAUUGAGGACAGCAGGAAUUGCACCGACGAUCACGUUCAGAUAUACGACGGACCGACGACUGACUCACGAUUGUUGGGCACCCACUGUCGAAACGAAUUGCCACCCUCUUACGUGACAAGCAGCAACGAGAUGUUGGUUGUUAUGAAGACGGACAGAAUAUUGUCAGCAAAAGGAUUCAAAGCGUCGUAUCACAAGGCUUGUGGUGCUCGUAUAGUUGUGCGCGAUCAAGGCUACAUCGUGCCAUCCACAAGUUACACCACCGACUUCAACGAUAACUGGAACUGUGCGUGGAUAUUGAUCGCCGAGGAUCCAGCUGACCAUGUCACUGUGACGUUCACGCAUUUGGAUAUGGGGAGGAACGAAAAUUGGAACUACGUAGAAGUGUUUGAGGGAGAAGGUUUGGACGGGCCAUCUCGAGGCAAAUGGACGUCCAACGUUAUACCUCUGCCGAUAACCAGCAACGGGAACGCGCUCACCGUGAAUCUCCAUUCUUUUACUUUUGGAAACGUUUCCUUCACUUACACCGUGUUAAAUUCAGCAUGCGGCGGAACGUACAACUCGUACGAGGGAAUGAUCGCCUCGCCGAACUAUCCCAACAGCUACCCCCUAAACGCCGAGUGCAUCUGGAUCCUGGAGAACUCGCCCGGGAACAAACUCAGCCUGACUUUCACCGACUUCGAGCUGCAGCAGAGCGAGAACUGCAACUUGGAUUACGUGGAGAUACGCGAGGACAGCGGGAUCGGCAAGCUGAUCAAUACGUUCUGCGGGACGAGCACGGAAACGGUCCGGACGUCGAAGAAAUUGUGGAUGAAGUUCAAGAGUGACGGCGACGACGUCGGCAAAGGAUUCGCGGCUGAAUUCAAACUGAUUGGCGGCGACGAGCUGAGCGGGCCGAUAGGAAGAAUCACCUCGCCGCUCUAUCCGAUUCCCUACAGGAAGGAGGAGACACUCUCGUGGAGGAUCACCGUGCAGUUCGGGUCGACCAUUCGGAUCGAGAUCACCGAUCUAUACACCGAGAAUUUCAGUUCGAUGUGCUUCUCCUAUCUCAGGGUGUACGAUGGUUACAACGACGAGGCGCCUGUUCUGCUAGACGCUUGCGGCAUUGAUGUGCCCGAGCCCAUCACAUCGUCCAGUAACGUAGUCAAUAUACAAUUUUCAACCAUGGUUAACACUGGCCUUCAGCGAGGCAACUGGUUCGCUCUUAACUGGCUCGAAAUACCGAAAAACGUCGACGAUAUCUAUACGGGAAAUGUCUACAAUGAACUGUCAGAGUGCAACGUGGAAGUGGCUCUAACAGACGUGCAGAACAGUAGCUACGAAUUCUCUUCGCCUGGCUGGCCGAACGGCUACGACAAUAAUCUUCGUUGCUCCUGGAUUUUCAUCUCUCCGCCGGGAACUCACUUGAUGCUGAGGAUACUGGCAAUGAGCUUGGAAGAAACCAGCGAUUGCGCGGCAGAUUUCGUCGCCGUCUACGACGGGAACGCACUGGCGACCGAGAACAGCGCUACUUUGUUGCAGACGCUGUGUUUCUCGAAUUCCACACAGUCGUGGAUAAAGGCCAGCGACCUGAUGACGGUGAAGUUCCAGUCGGACAGCUAUCUGAACAAGACCGGCUUCAGCGCGUACGUCUACCGAGACUGUGGUGGUAAGAUGUCGGGGCCAAACGGGGUGAUCGAGAUUAAUAAUACUACGUUGAGCAAAGGAUACUUGCCACGUAGUUGGCAAGUUCUCUGCGAGUGGGUUGUCACAGUGAGGCCUGGACGAAUGAUAGAAGUGAAGGUUGUCGAGAUUUCGAUAGCACAAGGGCCCAGUUUCACAUGCACCGAUAAUUACCUCAUGUUGAAAAAUGGCGGGGAAGCGUCGUCGCCUUUGCUCGGUGUUGGAAAAUACUGCGGUUCCGUGGCACCACUGCCCCUCGAAACCACCGGAAAUCGCCUGUACGUGAAAGCGCACGGCGAUCGAACCAACAUCAAGUUCAAACUAACGUACAGGGAAGUGAGCACGAAUUGCGGCGGCGAGUUCUAUCUGUCGAACAAGCAGAAGGAAUGGGAAAUCAGCACGCCGAAUUAUCCCAACAUACCGCCCCCGUAUUCCGAGUGCACGUGGACAGCGAUCGCGCCUGGCAGAGAAAGGAUAUUCAUCCAUUUCGUCGACAGAUUCGACCUGAGCUCCAGCGUGAAUUGCGAGAAGGAGUACGUCGAGGUCAGAGACGGUGGAACCGACAGCGCUAAACUGUUUGGAAGAUACUGCAAAGACGUGGCACCCAGCAGCAUGAUCAGUACACAGAACAUGAUGUACGUUCGCUUUUACACGGACGUGCCGGAGCCGAAGAACGGGUUCAAAGCUGUGUUCUCCAUUAAGGAUUCCUGCGGUGGAAUAAUCAGAGGCAUUGGCGGUAUCAUCUCGUCACCCAAUUAUCCGUUCUUUUAUCCAAAAAAUCAGACUUGCGUUUGGCGAAUAAUCGCUCCGGAAGAUCACACGCUGAAAUUCUCGUUUUUGGAUCUGCAAUUGCCUGGUCACCACAUCUGCAAGGACUACGUGCAGAUCACGGAAGUACUGCCGAUGAAUAAGAGCAAUGAAAUUGGAACGUAUUGCGGCUUCCUGAUACCCGACGUUAUCGAAACGGCAUCCAACGAAGCAGUAGUGACGUUCAAAAACGACAACAUCAAAUAUGCAACCUACCGAGGUUUCAGUCUUAAUUUCACCGCCAGUCAAGAAAUUUGCGGAGGUGAAUUCACUGCGAUGCAAGGCACGAUCAAGUCGAAUGGCUACCCCAACAUUGCAACGCGUUCCCACAGUUAUUGCGACUGGAGAAUUAAAUUGCCGAGAGGGUAUCACGUAGUCGUUGAGAUACAGGACCUGGACAUCAUGCCUAUGUCCGAGACGCGAAUGUCGUACGCUUUGUCGUUCUACAACGAUUUCCGCUUUAGAUCCAGGAUCAAGUUAAUACGACCAAAUUCAACCGAUCGAGUAAUAACGAGCUCGGGUAAUACCAUGAUGAUCGGCUACUAUUCGUCACCAGGGUAUCGUGGUUUCAAAUUGCGCUACUAUGCCGACGCGCCAGCUCCCUGCGGUGGAGAGAUACACGAAAUUAAAGGAAACCUGACGGCGCCAAGGAAUCUGCCGUUCAACGAAUCGUCAUACUUCUGUCUGUGGAGCAUACAAGCACCACAGAGUCUAGUAAACGUCAGCAACGUCGGACUGACAUUGUCGAUACGGGUAACUGGCGCAAUUGGCGGAAUUCUCGGCGCCUCCACCAAGUUUUGCUUCAAUAACCAGUACAUCGCUAUAAAUGGUAUCGGUAUGAUUUGUGGCAACUACUCGGAGCCAGUGUACUUAAGAAGUCCUAAACUAGUUAACGACUUGAUCAUAGUGAACGGUACUUAUGGAAAAUCAAUGCGCUACAAGCUCGAGUAUGAAUGGCAGCCUUGCGGUGGCGUUCUUCGCGGGUUGUCACACGUGGUACAAGCACCCAAGAAUAUAUCUUACCCCAUUAAUUGUGUCUGGCACGCGAAUUAUCCGGACAAUGGUGAAAUGAUCAAGCUCCAUUUCAACAGACUUCAUUUGGGUGGCUGUGGCAAGAAUUACAUCAGUGUCAGAAACGGUGGACCGUUGUCGCCAGAGAUCGGCAGAUUCUGCGGAAGCACUCAGCCGUACAACAUCACCAGCACGUCUAAUCAGUUGUGGAUCGAGUACACGGCGGUGGAUGAUCCGAACGACUUCGAGUUCGUGCUAGAGCCAGCUAACAACGGAUGCGGGGGCGCGAUUCACGGCACCAGCCGCGAACUCUCGUCGCCCAAAUUCCCGGCGCAGUACCCGAACAACGCGGAAUGCAUCUGGGAAAUAACGGCGGACAACGGUUACCACAUCGGCCUGGUAUUCGUUGAUCGUUUCAAUUUGGAGAGCAGCCCUAACUGCGAGAAGGAUUACGUACAGAUAUUCGACUGGGUGAAAGAAACAAACGGAUUAUCCGAAAUGUGGAAGGAUCUCGGGAAGGUGUGCGGCAGAGACACGCCGCCAACAUUCAAUUCGACCAGCAAUCGCAUGAAAGUGAUGUUCCGUUCGAACGAGGCGAUACAGGGUGACGGAUUCCGCGCCGUUUGGCACGAGAACUGCGGUGGAAUUUUCGAGGUCACCCAUCACCGAAAUAUCAUCACGUCGCCGUCGUAUCCGAAUUUCUACCCGCCGAACUUUUUCUGCAAUUACACACUGGUGGCGCCAGGCAAGAGCAUCAUAAUCAAGUUCAAGGAAUUCCAGAUCGAACACAAUCACAAGGAAUGCCGUUUCGAUAACUUGACGAUCAAACACGGCGAUGGAUACUCGACAGAGGAAAACAUUUGGUGCGGAGAGAACAAGCCACCUAUGAUAAAGUCCUCGGACAGUGCAGAGAUUAUCUUUAGAACCGAUCAAUAUAUUCAACGAAGUGGUUUCAUAUUUGAAUACUAUAUCGAUGAUUGCGACGGAACGAUAACGCAGCCUGGAAAAAUUGAAAGCUUAUUGAUCGGUGGCUCGUACUUCGGAAAAAUGCAGUGCGUCUGGAAAGUCCAAGCACCUGCGGACAAGAGUGUCGUUCUUCGUUUCGAAAGAUUCGAGCUCGAGUACAGCUACAGAUGUGUGUUCGAUUCCGUGAGAAUCUACGAAGGUUUGGAUGCAGUGGAAACGAACAGACUGGCCAUACUGUGUGGAAACUUGACGAAACAUUUGCCAAUCUUUAAGUCUAACUCCAAUUCGAUGCUGAUUACGUUCGUCACCGAUGACAGCCGCCAUUACCCUGGCUUCUCCGCAAACGUGCUGUUCGUAAAAAACGCCGCGGCAGGUUGCGGCGGUGCGAUUCAUUUAUUCACCGCUCAAAGUCAAACGUUCAGGACUCAAAAAGACGCGACGUAUGACAGUAUGGAAGAUUGCCACUGGAACGUGAGAGCAUCCGAGGGAAAGAAUAUCGUAUUCGUUAUCAAUAGCAUGGACAUUCGAAACGCUACUAACAAAAGUGCCACCGGUGACAACGAGUGCACGGGCGAUUUUCUCGAGGUUCGCGAUGGCGCUGGACCUCUCAGUGAGCUUCUCGGAAGAUACUGUGGCAACCAACCACCGCCUCCAAUAUUAUCCAGCAGCAACGCUCUUUGGAUACGAUUUGUCAGCGAUGGGACAUUGGAGGGAACUGGAAUCGUUGGAACGUUGGAGACAGUAAAUUCGUUAUGUGGCAUCUCCGUUCUUGAAGCGAACGACACGAAACUUGUACUGACCUCGCCGAAUUAUCCAAACAAUUAUGAGCCUGGUACAAGGUGUCGUUGGACGAUACGCUCCGACGAUAUGUACACCGAGAGACUAAGGAUACGAUUCUUAGAGUUCGACGUGGCUGGCUCUCGCCUGUGCGAAGAUGAUUAUCUUCAAAUCACGGACAAAAGGAAUCGAAAGUAUAUCGAGCAGGGCUACGGCGAGCAAUUCGUUUGGGCUGGAAACUGGGACGACACAUAUUACAGUUCGGCCAGUUUCGCAGCAACCGCUUCGUGCAGAUACUGCAGCAACAAAUUGCCUCAUGAUUACUACAGUUAUAGCACCGAACUGGACCUGACGUUCAAAGGUUCGAGUACUGGUCACAAAGGUUUCAAGCUCGAGUACAGCAAGGCGAACUGUGAUCAGAAUUUCACUGCAGAGCAAGGUCGAAUCGUGCACGAAGGUUUGAACGACUGUUGGAUCACAAUAACAGCCUCUGAGAAUCACACGAUUUCUCUUUACUUUAACCAAUUCUCGCUCUACGAUCCGAACGAGUGCACGGAGAACUCCUUACAAGUGUACGAUGGUGAUUUCAACGGUAAAUUAAUGGCGUCAUUGUGCUCCAUGGAUUUGCCUAGUCCUAUUUUCAGUACCGGAAACAAGCUGAGUUUACAUUCCCGGUCCCAAUAUCACAGUAGGUACGAGUUCUACGAUAUCACGUACACCACCACGGCCUCAGAUCGUGGCUGCGGAGGUCGAAUAUUUAAUUACGCUGGAUCGUUUACAUCACCCCUGUACCCUAACGAAUAUCGCAAUAUCUCGACAUGUUUAUGGGAUAUUACCGUGCCAACUAGCAUGAAAGUCGCCGUGCAGUUUCCGGUAUUCGAUAUCGGCACGAAAAGCACCUGUAACUAUAAUUACAACGUCGUGUUCAUAUAUGACGUCACGACGGAUGGAGAGGCCGUUCUUGCCAAUACUUAUUGCGGAGGGGACCAACCAGCACCGUUCGUAGCCACUAGCAACCGGAUAAUAGUGAAGUAUAUUUCAUCGAUGAACAACGUUGGAACAGGUUGGAGGGCGACAUUCGAGGGUCGAGUCCAGUAAGAAAGAGGAUCAAGAAAAAAGACAAAAGAAAGUCAAGAGAAUGAUUUAUAAAAAUAUUUCUUCCUUUAUCGUAAAGUAGUAUAUUUAUAUUGAUGCGCUUUAAAGGCAAUUAAUUGUUCGAAAAUGAUAUGAGUAGUUAUUUGUAAAUAAUGUAAUAUUUGUACGAUGUGAAGACAAAUAAAAUGAGAUUUCGUACAA